ACCGACACCGACGUGGUGGGUGCGUGCAUCGUCGUGCCGCACAUCAUAACCCCUAUAUUGUCGUCGCGGGAUAUACGGACGCGGAAUGGUGAGAGUUGCCCCGGCUUGCUUGGACAAAAACGCAAUUUCGCCAACCAGUGCCCAACCGACGGUGGCACAGUUUACGACGGUCCGCCAACGAGCCGACAUCGACAUUCGCCGCAAAUCCGCUGCUCGCACCGGAACGGAUCCGCGCGCGCGCGCACGACAGACAGAAACGAUCCAGCAAAGGGCCUAGGCAAAAGGAGGGGGGGGGAGGUGCGCGCGCACAUCAGACAGUAUUGCUAGUAGUGCUCGAUUCGAUUGACAGUUUUGCGAGGUGGUAGAGUGGCCGAGUGCAGCUGUCUGGCCAGUUGGUGAUCGCGAGCGGGCGCGAUCCGGGCACAAAUUUGCACAAAUCGUCUCCAGAAAAGGGGUGGCGCUGACGGGAUGGAUCUGAACGUGACGACAGCAGCGGGCGGUGGGGAAGGGUUCGGCCAGCAGCUCGACCACUGGUACACGUUCCUGGUGGAUGAUCUGAGUGACAAGCGGACGAUCGAUCUACCGUUCCUGCACAGCCCACUGUGGCCCCUCUCGGUGCUGACCCUCUACUUUGCCCUGGUGUUCUACUGGAUCCCCAUCUACAUGAGCAACCGGAAACCGUACGAUCUGCGGGCGCUGAUGAUCGGCUACAAUGUGUUCCAGGUGGUCGUGUGCUACUGUCUGAUACGGCAGCUCGUAGUGCACGGUUGGACCUUCCGGUAUCUGUACACGUGCGAGCUGACCGACUACUCGGGCGGUAAGGAUGCGAUCGGUUUCCUGUACGCCAGCUACCUCAACUAUCUGGUCAAGCUGGUCGAGCUCAGCGAGACGGUGAUGUUUGCGCUGCGCAAGAAGCGAAGCCAGAUCUCCUUUCUGCACGUUUACCAUCACGUCUUUACCUAUCUGUUGGCUUGGAUCUUUGCGAAAUACGUCGGAGGCAGCAUGCUCACCUAUACGAUCGUCGUCAAUUCGAUGGUACACAUGUGCAUGUACUCCUACUACCUGAUGGCCGUCAUCCCGGACCGUAUCCCCUUCCGGUUGAACAAGCUCAAGCCCUACAUUACCGCAAUCCAGAUCAUCCAGCUGUUUAGCAUUCUCGGGAACAUACUGUUUGCGCUGCGCCCCACCUGUGGCAUUCCGAGGACUCACAUCCUGCUCUACAUGCCGUACAUGGUCGUGCUGAUCACGAUGUUUGUCAACUUCUACCUGAAAACGUACCGCAGUGCCUUCAGCAAGGCGAUGGGUGCGUGCUACACCGACGGUGGGCACAAGAGUAAGGCGGACUAGGGUACGAGGGAGAUGCCAUGCAGUUUCCUCUUCCUCCAUUCCUCCUCGUUCCACCAACUCGAUCUAGUGCAGUGAUUAGUGUUGUAAGUGAUAAUAGUGUGCUGCCGCGAUGCGCCGGCACCGUUACCUGAUGGAGGAUGAUCACCGGCCAAUAAUUGUAGGCCUUCUGUCGGCUGCGCGGGCAGAGUGUGGUAGGGGAGGAGUUCGUGUAUUCCGGAUGGUUUUUCGGAUGGUAGAUAAAGCACACCCGCGCACGUGUAAUCUGAUUCGAUUUGGCGCUCUGCUCGCUCGCUCGCUCGCUCGCUUGCCACAGUAACAGCCACAGGCAACCCAUCCAUUAGAUGUAGUUAUUUAUGUGUGUCUGUGCGAGCGGGCCCAUGACGUAAGGGCCUUCACACGUCCUAAAAAUCAUCGGAUAACCGGGUGGGGGGUGGGGGGGGUCCACGCGCGUACUCGCACAUUCCCGGGCGCACAGCAUUUAGGAUCAGAUGAAUCAAUAAAGUCGCACCACCUUCCGGGUG